AUGGAAGAAGUUCGUAUUUCAAUUAAACUUUCCAACCAACAACCGGUGAAAAUAACUUAUGUAAAAGAAACAUACAAAGAACAACUAGAAAAUCCACUUAGAUCUUUAAAAGUGAUGACCAACAGCCGAUGCGCUGCAGCCUGUACAUCGACGAAGGAAUGCAGGUCGUAUAAUUUUAGGAAAAUAGAUGACGACAAAUACAAUGCUGUUUGUGAAUUAAACGGGCCUAGCACAUCUCCCCCGACUCCUACAACUGAUGAAGUAAUAUAUUUCUUAAAAGCAGUUAAACCCGGCCCACCUGGAACCCCCGUCGUAUCUCUCCAAGGAAACACUGCUAAUGUUACCUGGAUACCACCCCAAGAUGACGGGGGCGUAAGGAUCACAGAUUACAAAAUUGAAAUGCGUAGUUCCAACCUUUACUCAUGGAUACAAGUAAACACAAACGAAUACAUCCCUGAUAACGGAUACUUGAUAAGAAAUCUAACAGAAGGUGUAGUUUAUGAAGUGCGUGUCCUAGCAGAGAAUGAGAUCGGCAUUGGGGAACCAUCGCAGCCAUCGCCAAUUUUCUCGUUUAGUAAACCCGGACCACCUGGAACACCAGUCGUAUCCCUUCAAGGAAAAACCGCUAAUGUUACUUGGACACCACCCCAAGAUGACGGGGGCGUAAAGGUCACAAACUACAUAAUUGAGAUGCGAAGUUCUAUCCUUUACACAUGGGUGCAACUUAACACAAACGAAUACAUCCCUGGUAACAGUUACUUGGUUGAGGAUCUAACAAAAGGUGUAGAUUACGAAGUGCGUGUCCUAGCAGAGAAUUGGGUCGGUAUUGGGGAACCAUCGCAGCCAUCAGCAAUCUUAACGUAUGUUUGGCCAAUUGUUGAGAAGAUACACUUACUAAACAGUCCUAUAUAUGAUCUAACAGUCACUCGGUUGGGACAUAUUGUUGCAACCUUUGGUGGCUCUACUGUGAAGAUAUUCGACAGCGCUUUCCAACAGAUCAAAGACCUCAACGUGAUCUUCAACUUUGUCACCCAAACAUCCGAGGGCGAGUUGGCCUUCACAGCUGGUGGCAAUAGGAUCGAUGUUUACACUGAGAAUGGUACACUGUUACGAUAUAUCACUAUUACCUCACCUGUUACAAGUUUAGCUGGUAUAGCCACACUUUCUACAGGUGAGUAUGUAGUCUUUGAUAUGCCAACAAAGGCAGUGUAUAUUGUGGAUCCCUCCACUGGGAAUAGCAACGCUAUUUUCCAGUCUGGUAUGUUCUCUGACGGAUUUAAUUAUAUAACGGUAGACAACAAUGAUCUCAUCGUAGUAAGUGACUCUCCCGGUAAUUUCAUCAAAGUGAUCAACACUGGUGGCGAAGAAGUUCUCAGCUAUGGCGAGUAUGGCCAAGGAGAAGGACAGCUUUUCGGACCCAGCGGCGUUUCCACAGACAGCAAUGGAUUCAUAGUUGUCGGAGACUAUUUUAACAAUAGAGUGCAGCUCCUCACACCGAAUGCAACGUUCGACAGCUUGCUCCUGACAGCUGCAGAUGGUAUGAACGGCCCAAAUGCUGUCUAUGUGAGCCAGGCAGGGCAAUUGCUUGUGGCAGAUGACAUGGGCGAUCUGUUCAUUGUUACUUAUUGA